CCGUGGCAGGAUGAACAACUCACACGCACAGUCUCCGUUGGAGGAAAUGGACCCUGAGGAAUUCGAUGGUGGAAGAGUGGUGGCAUGUGUGAUACUUGGUCUGUCCUUCGUGGUCGGUGCUCCGGGCAACCUGCUUGUGAUCUGGACCAUCCUGAAGCAUGUGAAGCAGCGCUCCCACACAGUGGUUCUCAUCCUGCACCUGGCUGCUGCGGAUCUGGUGGUCCUCAUCACCCUCCCUCUCUGGAUCUACUCCCUCGCCCGGUCCUGGGUCUUUGGACAGACGUGCUGCAAAGCCAUGGUGUUCGUGAUAAACGCCUGCAUAUACAGCAGCGUUUUCCUCAUCACGCUCAUGAGCGUGGAGCGUUUCGUCGCCGUGCGUUAUCCUUUCGUCUCUGCAGUUUGGAAGAGGAAAAAAGCCCUGAAUAAAGUCCUGCUCGCUCUGUGGUCAGCCGCAUUCCUGUUCAGCAUACCCGUUAUUCCCACCGUCGGGGAGGACGACGGUACGGCGCACUGCCUGUAUCGUGAGUAUACUUCUGACACUCAGGAGCUGGUGUGUCUGCUGCUGGAGACUGUGGUGGGCUACGUGCUGCCCUUCACAAUCCUCGUGGUCUGUUACGGGUGCUUGUGCAGCCGCAUCACCCAGAUGACCUUCAGGUCCAAGCGAAAGUCCACCGUCUUGAUUGCAAGCAUAGUGGUUGCGUUCGCCAUUUGUUGGACACCACACCAAAUAGGAAACAUCAUCUCCAUAGUAAUCCUGGCGAUUAAACACUCAUACAAAGAUACAGCAGAGAGCCUGGAAACUGUUCAACAAGCCAUGGUUUUCAUAGCCGGAGCUUUGGUCUUCAUCUGCAGCAGCAUUAAUCCUGUCCUCUACAUGUUCGCGGCCCGCUCCUUUAGGGAGUCGCUGCGUGACACCGGCAUCCUGAAGCUCUUCCGCCACAUCUCCAGCACCUCGCCGGGUGAGGGAACCAGGGAGGUGUCCUUCGUGUCGAGGAGACAAAGCAAUCAGACAAACAGCUCUCAGUGUGUGACUGAAUCAAAAGAUCAAAUUAAUAUGUUUUGAAAGUGUGUGUAAAUAAUCCUUCCUCUUACACUGAAAGGUCUAAGUGCUUUUUUUGUGUAUUACUGUUUAUAAUGUACUAUUUUACUGUAUAAAAAAGGAAAUCAACAACGCAUCUUUAAUGAUCUAACCAGUGCAUUUUACGUUUAUUUUCCAUUGUUAAUUUAUUUAUGAAACUUUAUGAGUUAUGUAUUCUGUAUCCCUUGUGUCAAUGCCUUAUACCAUAAAAAAGCACAAAAUUUAUGUGUCGAAUAAAUGUUUUAAUUAAAGCCUUUUAUAAAAAUGGAGCCGUUUUCUGUUG